AUGUUAUCACUCAUAACUAAUCCACUUAAUAUUAUAGUAUCGGUUUUGGUACCAGUACAAAUAUCGCUUGAGAUCCAGCAUUUACGAUUAACAGCGUUAAAUCCGUUGCUUUUAAAGUACUGGUGUUUACAUGGGCUAUUUAAAUUACCUUUUUGGAAGUAUAUUUGGAUUCCUUUCAGUAACAUAAUAUCUCUAGCGAUUUGGACGCUCCUAGCAAGUGAGUUAUGCACCAGAUUUCAGACCGUGCUAAAAGAGAGGGGCUUUGAAAAGCCCAAAAAGCCCAAUAAAAAGAACGGGAAAGGGUUAUUAAGCUACGGUUUCACACAUCUAUUUAAAGCUUCGAAAGAGGUCAAAGAAGAAGUUCCAGAAGAGAAAUUAUUCCUAUUUGAAGAUUGGACCACUUAUGUUCUAAAUCUAAAUAGUUCUUUUGAUCUUCCCUUUGUGAUCGAUCACAGCUAUGAGAUCCUUCUUCAUUAUAUCGUGGCGGUGAAGAAGGAAGAUGCAAAAACGAUUCUUGCGUCGCUUAGGACUUAUUUUAAUGAGAUACAGACGUCAGAAGGGUACGACAUGCUGGAUGACAUUUUCCGGCCCCCAAGCGAUGGGAAAGGGUUAAUUACGAGAGAAAAUAAAUGA